CCCUGAUCGGUUUAUCCAAGUCACAGCCUUCCCGUGCCGCAGGCCUUUUCUUGCUCGUUCGUCGGGCAAUUGGCAUGCUCAGCGCGUGUUCCUUCAUACUUAUAUCCACAUCGAUUUUCUUCUUUUCAUUGAACCAUAAUUUUCCUUCACUUCCUCUUUUGCCUAUCUGCUUAACUUACUAUGACAAACCCGAGGGACGAUCGUUUGUUCUCAAACCUUUCCAAGGCCCGCAAAAGCCCUCCUGGAGGGGAUUCUCAAAAUAGUGGUUUUUUUCAGACGGGACAGGGUGGGCGAACUGUGCUCCCUCCUCUUUCUUCAGCGUUUCCAACCUCACCCUCUUCAGUUCCCAACUAUCCUCCAUAUUCUCAGCAACGUUCAUCUCCUGGAAAAAGUGAUCAUAGUUCUUCGAGCUAUGGUCAGUGGCCUUCUACGGUAACAGUUCCCCCACAGCAUUCCAGUUAUUAUGAACAACACUAUGACCGAUACCCUCAAACCCAAUACCCAAGUUAUCCACCGCGUAGUUCGCCGACGAUCCCGGUCGAUUCCCACGGCUCUCGCAAGCUGCCUCCAUUAAAUAUGCCCGAUAGAUAUCAGGGUAAUUACGGGGCAGUCGCUCCUCUUGUCUCCAACUAUGGUGAUAUUCGCUCGCCGACCGCAACCUACCCUACCGAGUAUGCUCCUUAUCCAAAUCAAAACUCAUACUCAUAUCCCCCCGUCCCUGAUCCACGUCAUCAUUCGGGUCAACUCCCAUCGAUGCACCACUCGCCGCAGAUGUCAAUGGGCAUGUACCCAUCGGAGCGCGGUAUGCCUACGCAAGUCGAGGCUCAUGGUCCUUCUCCCUAUGCCCGAGGGCCAAUCACCAAUUCUGCACUAACACAAGAACCUGCUCAAAUGAUGGAUAACGAGCAACCUGCCAUCAAGAAAAAGCGUAAGAGAGCUGACGCAGCUCAGCUCAAAGUCCUGAAUGAGACAUACGCUCGCACUGCGUUUCCUUCUACUGAAGAACGCGCAGAGCUCGCAAAGAAAUUAGACAUGUCAGCCAGGAGCGUUCAGAUCUGGUUUCAAAAUAAACGGCAGUCGAUGAGACAGACUACCCGCCAGUCGUCGACAUCAGUGUCGACACCGCAUCAACCAUUUAGCAUGUCCUCUCAAACAGACGAAGUGUCGCAUACUUCAUUUGGCGGUAGCAGUAUCAGUCCUACGUCUGUUUCACAUACAUCAUACAUUCCACGAUCGAGUCAGGACGGCCGGUCAGUGGCGCAGGACAGUCGGUCACCUAUCCCCCAUCGGCGCGAAGAAGAUCCCCGCAAAUGGCAGCAGCCUGGUCGCUACUGAAUAUUUGAUCGUUGUCUAAACACCAUGCCUUCAUUUCAGCUAGAUUCAUUCUCUCCUCAUCACAACAGAAGCGUCGUCAUCCUUUUGCAUUAGGACCUCGAUCAUUCAUUAACACCGUAUUAACUUACUCGCCAGCCCCUUAAUACCCAUUCAUAUCUAUAUAUCCAUAUCACUCCACGCAAUCUGAUGCCCUUUUCCAAUCCGUCCACAUGUACCUGCCUCCUUGAUGCACUGUCGCCGUAGUUUUUAUGUACUUAUCACGUUCUUAUCAUCGCGCUCAAUAUUGGUCUGAU